AUGGUUUUAUACAAACGUAAACAAGUCAAAAUAGUUCCUCCGCAGGAUCUUCCAGAAGAUUUGGAUACUCAAGUUUGGUUCAUCCCUGAAACUAAAGAAUGGUUUCUUCUGUAUAGUGAUUAUAUUAGAAGAAUGGAUUAUUUGAAAACAAGAAACUUUGUUUGUGAGAUCACUGGAAAUUCAUGUUUAACAUAUUUUGAAGCGAUGCAAAGUGAAGAAGAUGAAAUUAAAGAAGUUGAGAAAAAUUUCCCUGAAGCAUUAAGAGAACAUAUUUUACGUUUUUUACAAUUUAAUCGAAUUUCAAGAUUGGAUUUAUUAGUUGAUAAAGUAUAUCAAAUAUUUAAGAAUGAUUAUUUCCCAGGAGAAAAUAUUUAUUUACGAGGCAUCGAUAAUAAAGAACCAAGUGUUAAGCAACGAGGCACCAUUAGAGAAAAAGUUCAAUAUGGUCAAGAUCAGCCAACAAAAUAUUUAGUCGUAAGAGCCAAUGAUAAUCAACAAGCCAUUGUUACAGGUCAUAAUAUAUCAAGAGAUAGAAAUCAUUUCACCAAAUGGUUGAUUAAAACAUUCAUCAAGAUGACUAUGUCCAGAUCUUAUAAAGUUGGUGCUCCCUGGGUAGUUAAAAGUAAAUAUGCAAAGAAAUAUGGAAUCCCAACAACAUAUCCAGAUGAUUUGAAACAAUUUGCGGAAACAACUCCGACAGGGGAUAUAAUUUUCAUUCAACCAAAGAAGAAAAGAGGACCUCAGCCAAAGAAUCCUAAUAAAGCCGAAGAAGCCAAGCAGAAGAAAGCUACUACCAAAAAGGAACGAGUAUUAACACCAUUGGCACCAGCGCCACCUCAACAUCAACAUCAACAUCAGCAUCAGCAUGAAUUAAUUUUUAAUCAACAACUUGAAAUCCAACAACAACAACUGCCAGACCAACAACAACAAGAACAACAUGUGGAGCAAAAGCAACCACAAAAGAGAGGAAGACAUAAACAAAAUAAUAAGCAAAUAAAACAAGAGCAACAAGAGCAAUCCCUGAAGGAUCAACCACAACCUAUAUUGCCAAACAUCUCUGCUCCUCCUACACCUCCUGUCAAUAUCAUUCCAUUUAAAAAGAAGUUCCCAACACAUUAUAUUCCGGAUGCAAUUAUAAAAGAAUAUGAAGAAGAAGAAGCCAAGGGCACUCCAUCAUUUGGGUUAUCUCAAUUCCAACCAACCAAAAAGAAUAUAGUUGAUGACUUGCAAUUGAAGUUUGAUUUACAAAAUUCUAAACCAAUUCCAAAAAUAUUUACAGUUCCAAAGAAUGCAAAAUACUGGAAUGAACAGAUUGCAGAGGAAUUAAAGAAAGAUCCUGAGGAAGUUAAAAGAUUACUGAAAUAUGGUUUAUCAAGUAUUCUGGAAGCAUUACAAACUUGGAUUUUCAUUAAUAUUUAUCAUAAUGUUUUAAAAAUUGAUACUUUUACCUUUGAUGAUUUUGUCUAUGCCAUGGGAUGGAACUCAGAACAAUUUCAAGAACACGGUCAAUGUGAAUUAUUAGACGAAGUUUGGUGUGCUGUUUUGGGAGCAAUUGUUUCAGCAGAUGGCACAAAUUCUAAAAAUACCAAAAAUGAGUAUGAUAUUGAUGGACUUAAUGUUGAUAUUCCAGAAGAACCUAAAUCUGAUGAGGAAGAUGACGAGGAUGAUGAUGAUGAGGAGGAGGAGGAGGAAGAAGAAGAAGAUGAGCAAAUGAAAGACGAAGAUAAUCGUGGAUCAGAAAGUGAAUCCGAAGCGAAACCACUUGAUAUUGAUGAAAUACAAAGUGAAUCAGAGGAAAAUGGUAAGAAAGAACUCAAGAAGGAAGAUGAGCAAAGUGAAGAAGAUAAAAAGGAGUCGAAGAGUGAUAAAAAUAUAGAGAAGAAAGAAGACGACAAUGAUGAUAAUGACAAUGAGGAAAAAGAUGAUGAUGAAGAAGAGGACGAAGAAGAAGAAGAAAAAGAUGAACCUGAAGUCACUCAUAAUGCAUAUGAAGUAAUGAAUCACAGAGGAACUUCAUGGGAUGAAAGAUUACGUAAACGUAAUUUUAAGGAUGGUAAUUGGCAAUGUAUCUUAUUAGGUAUUUUGUCCUUGGUUGAACAUGUUCCAAGUUAUAAACCAAUAAUUGAGAAAAUAUAUCAUAAAUUAGCUCCAAAGGAUAAACCUUGCACCGCCAUUUCUGUUAGAAACCAAUUUUAUGAAGAUUUGGAUAUCGACUUAAAAUUUCAAGCUUUAAGUAUAUUGAUUAAUUUAAUUUCAUCAAGUAAUAUAGUGAGAAACAAUAUUGAUGAAUGCCUUGAGAGUCUGACUGUAUUAAGAAGAAACAGAUUAGAUAACUUGAAAGAAUUAAAAGGUCUUGCGGAAACCAUUACCAAAGCUAAUUUAUAUAUAAAUUCAGUGUUGUCAUUACACCCAGAAGUAUUGGAACAACAAAAACAAGCUGCGGCUGAUGCUGCGGCUGCGGCCGCUAGUGGUGAAACUGCUACUACUUCAGAAGAUUCACAACUAAAACAAGAGUCUCAAAAAGAAGAGUCUCAAGAUCAACCACAGCCACAGCCACAACCUCAAUCACAACCCCAUGGUAAUAAAAAGGGAUUGAACUUGGAUAUUAUUGAAAUGUCAGAACCAAUAAAGGCAAUAGCUGAUGCGGACCCAGAAUUUUUGAAUCAAUGGCAAGCCAAGAAAGAAGCCGUGGGCAAAAUGGUUGAAUUAAAGGAAGUAAAACGUGAAAUUGAACAAAAGUUGUCUGAAUUAGAUUGUCAACGUGUGAAAUUAUUGGGUAAAGAUAGAUUAUAUAAUAGAUAUUGGUGGUUUGAAAACAAUGGUUUACCCAACUUGCAUUCCCGUUCAAAUGAUGAUGAUGAAGAUGAUGAUGAAGAAAACGAAAAGAAGAAAGAUGAUGAAAUGGGAGACAAUGACGAAGAUGAAGAAGACGAUGAAGAUGAAGUUCUUGGAGAAACUUACUUAAUGGGUAGGUUAUGGGUACAAGGACCAACAAAUAACGAUGUCUUUGUUCAUUUCAAGUCUGAUUUAGAAGAAGCCAAUACAUUUAUGGAUGUUGUUGAUACAAUUCGUCUCAAUAACGAAGAAGAACUAUUUGAUCGUGAAAACUUGAGUGAUGAAAGCAGUAAUAAUAAUAAAGUCAAGAAUAUGAAUUUCUCCAAGAUUCCAAAAGAACUCAAAUCAGCGGUGGAAGAAAAGUUCUCUCUUAAAGUUAAAGAUAAUGAGAUUGUUGACAAAGAUGAUGAAAAAAUUAUAGAUAAUGAAGGAUCGUUGAUGGUACCAGUUGAUAAGAUUACAAAUUCACAACGUAAAGCCAUUGAAGAGUUCCCUGAUCCAAUAAUGAAUGGCUCAUCAUGGAGAUAUUAUGACAAUCCAGAUGAUAUAACUAAAUUGAUCUCGUGGUUAAACCCAUGGGGUAAAAGAGAAAGCAUUUUACGUAAAGAGUUGUCUAAUGCCAAGGAAGCUAUUGUUUCAAGUAUGGAAGCUCGUAGAAAAGCAUUAUGGAUUAACCUGACUCCACCAGCCGAACUAGAAAUUGAAGAAAAGAUAAACAAGUUGAAUGAAAAACUUCAAAAGCUUAAAAAUCCAGAACCAGAACAACAAGAAAAGGAAGCUGCUGAAGAUGAAGAUGUUAUUCUUUCUGGUUCAAGGAAGAGACCUAAGCGUUCAACAGGUAAUAGAAAGCGUCAAAAGGUCACUACUGUUGAAGAAGCAUUAGAAUAUGGAGAAGAAGACGAUUUACAAAGAAUAAUCGAAGAAUUAGAAGAAGAUUUGGUUGAAAAGAAAGAUGAACGUGAAGUCACUAGACUUGGUGAAUGGGUUAAUCUGCGUGCAAGAGAAUUAUUUGACAAAUCAUUAUACGAUGGUGGUGAUAAACCAAAACUGAAAUCACAUAAAGGUAAAAAGAAAUAG